CUUUCUCAAGACUCGUUUUGUUUGUCCGCCGCUGCAAAUGGGCAGCACGGAAGAAGAAACCACAAGCACAUCCAAACCCAUCCCUCUAUACGACGCCGCUUUACCAACCGAACCUCUCCUCUUCAAACCCACCACCAGCUCCACCUACUCAUCUCCUCCAAUCGAAGAACCACCUCAACCCGACCCUUCCGAAUCCGACCCAACCCAGUUCAUCCAUAUCUCUUUCAAUUACGGACCCAGACCUUUCAAAGACCUCCCUUUUCUCUUCCUCUUCCUUCUCUCGGUACUCUGCACUUUUUCUUUCGGUAUUUUCUCAAUCUUCCAUCGAAACGACAGCUACUCCAACGUUUCGACCUUCACCUACGAUUCCAAUUCCACUUCUUGCGUUCAGGGCACUUCUUUUUCAUCAAAAUCAGUAUGGGUUUUUGAAAGUUCUGUUUUUUUGUUGUCAAGUUCGAGUCUUUGGACAUAUGUAGCAUGGACCUUUGUCAUAACUUUAGUUCUAAGUGUACCCAUUUGUUUCCUUUUGCUUUUGUUACUCAAACACUACACCAAGCAGAUAGUUUAUGUUUUGCUUCCUUUCUUUGUAAUUGUGCCGACUUUCUUUGAUGUUUAUUGGUUCGUUGCUUGUACCUUGAGCUCUUCUUGUAGCGACACUUUCCCUUUGGUCUAUAGAAUUUUGGUGCUUGUUUUUGUUUUACUUGGAGUUGGGGUUAUUGUUUGGAUCGUCGCGGCUAAUUGGCAUCGAAUCGAGUGGACCGUGAGGAUUAUCGGGGUUGCUUCUGAUUCGCUUUCAAGGAACUUAGGAUUGUUCUUGGUGAUACCGUUGUUGACCGCUGGAUUGUUAGUUUAUUAUGCCCCAAUUGUUGUGUUCUUGGUGUUUUCAACGUUUAAUGGGAAAAUUGUAGCUAAAGAAUCGAAUGGGGAGUAUACUUGUGUUUGGAAACAAGAUAGCUGGGUGCCGGCUUAUUUUACAUUGGCGAUAUUGACAAUGUUGUGGUCCUUGAAAACAAUGGUGGAAGCUCAAGUUUAUGUUAUCAGUGGCACAAUUGCUCAAUGGUACUUCUCGAAGGAUGAAGAGAAACCUCACCGUAGUAUAAGACGAUCUUUGAGAAAUGCAUUUGGUCCUUCUUCUGGCACUGUCUGUCUAUCUGGACUACUUAUCUGUGUCGUUCGAGUGGUGUGUGUUGCUGUUGAUAGCGCGAGAGAAGAAGAUGUUACCGGGAUAGUGAAUAUUGUCCUCCGGUGUUGUGUUAAUGCCCUAAUGUAUGCGAUAGAGUUUCUUAACAAGUUCACCAUCAACUUCGCCUCAAUAACCGGUGAGGCAUACUGCACAUCUGCGAGGAUGACGUAUGAGCUUCUAAGACGUAACCUGCUCUCUGCUGUUUUUUUGGAGACUAUAUCAACUCGUUUGUUAGCAUGA